AUGGUGCUGGCUUUUGGCCAGGCAAACAGUUCGCUGCGGCUACCAAUCGACCUCGACCUGGAGCAACCGUUGCCAGGCUUCGAUUCCAUUGCUUCAGCGCUUGAAGACCUUGCAGCCGGAAAGCUAAUCGUUGUGUUGGACGAUGAGGAUCGCGAGAACGAGGGCGACCUAAUCAUGAACGCGGAUAAGGUCACGACGGAGACGAUGGCAUUCUUGGUCGAACACACAAGCGGCGUGGUUUGCAUCUCCAUGGAGGGCCGCGACCUGGACCGCCUCCGUCUCCCGCUAAUGGUCAGCAGCGCAGAGAAUGAAGAGUCGAUGUACACCGCCUUUACUAUCACCGUUGACCUGCGGGACGGCAUCACCACGGGCAUUUCCGCCGCCGACCGCGCCAAGACCAUCCGCCGACUGGCCGACCCCAAUGCCACGGCCGGCGAUUUCCGACGUCCCGGUCACAUAUUCCCUCUGCGGUAUCGCCCAGGCGGCGUCCUGGUCCGCCCUGGUCACACGGAAGCUGCAGUAGACCUGGCCCGCCUUUCUGGCUCUUUCCCUGCCGGCGUGCUUUGUGAGUUGGUCAACAAGGAGGACGGAAGUAUGGCCCGCACACCGCAGCUCCUGGAUUUUGCCCGUCGUCACGGCCUACGCUGUGUCACGAUAGCCGACCUCAUCCGCUACCGCCUGCGCCAGGAUGCGCUGGUGGCUCCAGCUUGCGAGCCCAGCCCCGUCAUCGCCGGCGUCGCAAGCGGCGGCGCAGCCUUCACGGCUCACUGCUUUCGGUCCACCGUAGAUGGCACCGAGCACCUGGCUUUCGUACACGGCGCCGUGGCGGAUUCGGUCUCCGAUGUGCUAGUUUACAUCCACCAAGAGCGAACUGUCGGCGACCUACUCAAUGCCCCCGAGCCGCCAGGCCCCAGUGGUUUCAAUGGCAGCGGCACACACUCCUUGAACGCGGCGCUGGGGACCGUCGCGCAGGCGGGCGCGGGCGUGGUUUUGUACCUCCGCGGCCAAACAGCGCGCGGCCUGGCUCCCUCAACGGAGCUGGCGGCGCUUGGCGGCAACAGCAGCAGCGGUGGCGGUGGCGGCAGACGACUUUACUCCUGGGACCUGAAGGAUGCCGCAAUCGCGGCGCAGAUGCUACAGGCGUUGGGCGUGCGAUCGGUGGCGCUCGCAGGUGCGGCUGAGGAGGGCAGCGGCAGCACGGCGGCUGCGGGUAUGGCCACAGCGCUGCGCAGUUGCGGCAUGAGUGUGCGACAGGUAUUGGUGCCGGCACCGGCGCAGGUGGCGGCAGCGGCAGUGGCGCCGCAGCACAACGGCAAUGGCAACGGCGCGGGGCAUGUGCGGGGAGGGCCACAACAGCCGCUACAGACAGCGGGGCAUAGGUAA